AUGUCUAGAUACAGCAUAUUCAGCUUACCGGGAGGCUGUCGGAAUACCAUCUUUCAAACCAUCUCCUGGAGUCAGAGAUCCUCACUCAGAUCCAUCAGUCAUUCUAAGAUCACCAUCUGCUCGUACCCCGGCAAAAAGGAAGCAAGCAACAUUCUCGGUGUCCGACAUGAAAGACUCAUUCACAAUAUCAAAGCACGAGCUGCUUCAACAACUGUGAGCAAUGCAAAGGUCUCAACCACAAGUGACGAGAUAUCACCGCCUCUUAUCACGCCCUACAUGCCGCCAACAACUGGUCUAUUAUCAAAAUUCCCAUCUUCUUGGGUGCCAUAUGCUGAGCUCAUCAGACUGGACAAGCCAGCAGGAACAUAUUACCUAUUCUUCCCAUGCCUCUUUUCAACUUUAUUGGCGGCUCCAUUGACCGUCCCGAUGGUCUCCCCACUUACUGUCGUCGGCACCUCUCUUUUAUUCUUUAGUGGUGCAUUGGUCAUGCGCGGUGCAGGAUGUACUAUCAAUGAUCUCUGGGAUCGGAACCUUGACCCAAAUGUCACUCGAACUCGACUACGCCCCAUUGCGCGCGGAGCUGUCUCUCCAUUCAAAGCCUUGGUCUUCACCGGAGGUCAACUUUUCGCUGGUCUUGCAAUCCUUCUUCAGUUUCCAUACCAAUGCUUCUUUUACGCUACCCCGAGUCUACUUUUUGUGGCUUCGUACCCGCUGGCUAAGCGUGUAACUCAUUAUCCACAAUUUGUCCUGGGGUUGACGUUUUCCUGGGGUGCAAUUAUGGGAUUUCCUGCUCUUGGAAUUGAUCUCCUUUCCAAUAGUGCUGCUUUGACCGCAACUGGAUUCUUGUAUGCGUCGAAUGUGGCAUGGACAGUUUUGUACGAUAUGAUAUAUGCGCAUAUGGAUAUCAAAGAUGAUGCCAAAGCAGGAAUCAAAAGUAUAGCAUUACGACACGAUGCCCAAACCAAACAGAUCCUGACCGGACUCGCUAUCAGUCAGAUUGGAUUACUGGCGGCUGCCGGUGCUGCUGUUGGUGCAGGGCCAGUCUUCUUUGUCGGUGGAUGUGGAGGCGCUGCUGUCACUUUGGCUGUCAUGAUCAAGAAGGUUAAUCUGAAGAGCGUGAAGAAUUGCUGGUGGUGGUUCGUGAACGGAUGCUUGAUAACUGGAGGUACGAUUUCUGCCGGGCUCGCGGGAGACUAUCUUGUUCGGUACAUACAGAAGGCAGAUGGUGAAUGGUCAAAGUCCGAAGUGGAAAAUGAGCGAAAAAAGUCUUCAUUUACUGUAUUAUAUAAAUACCUGUUUUAG